AUGCAUCCCAGCAAUCCUGACUUCGACAACGAUCUCCCACUUCUGCUCGGUAAAAACACUACAGCCGUCGACGCACACGGUGAACACACCAGCCACUUCCCCUCGUCCAUCUCCUCUCUCUCCCACGUCUCAAGCCUCUUCGCCAGUGUGCCAUCGUCCAGUCUGCCGAUUGACAGGAAUUCUACGUGUUCGGGAGUGACGCUUGCACAUCGACGACAACUUUCUCUCGAUGCGACUUCUGUACACGACCUUGAUGAUGGGCAGCUCAUCCUGGUUCCUGGCCUCGACCGUAUAUUUGAUGUUUCCUCAUCGGGGAGCGCGAGUCCGCUGGGCACGACUCCGACAUUCACGAAGGAGGAUGCAUUCAGCUUUGUGGCAGAGGGCAAACCGCAACUGGUGAUCGCCGACGGUGGGUGCCUGAAGAUGUGCAACAUGCCGGCGAAUGUGGACGUAGUGGAGGUGGACGACUUGCAGUCGACUGCUUCGAUGUGGACCAUCCUCGAUGCAGAGGGAAGACGCGACAGGUCGGAGUGGUUGGUUGUGUACGUGAGAGGCACAACCACGGCCAUCCUGUUUCCCCCGAAACGGGGCGGUGGUGGUGGUGUUAGUGGCAUGGGACGCUCAGUGCUGAUCGCGUGCAUGGAGUGGCUAGAGGAGGUAGGGUUGAGUCAGGUGUUUGUGGCAGUAGGCAACGACGAAGAGGCGUUGUUGAAGAGACUGUUGUUUUUGGGUUUUUCUCGCGUACCGAGGGAGGUGUUGGCUGCUCAACUGCCCUACUUGAGCAAGAGUUCCAUGCUCCUCGUCACGGAUUUUGCCGAGUUGUAA